AUGGCUUCCUUCUUCCCUCGCACUGCCUUCCGCACCCUGAGCGCCCUGCCCAAGGCUGCUCCCUGGGCCAAGACUCCCAUCACCGCACCCCUCGCUCAGCCCCUCGCUCGCCGCUUCAUCGGUAGCCUUCCCCGCGAGCAGCCGCGUCUGCGUCUCGGCUCAACCGCCCCCAACUUCGAGGCCGUGACCACUCAAGGCCAGAUCGACUUCCACAAAUGGAUGGACGGCUGCUGGACGAUCCUCUUCUCCCACCCCGCUGAUUUCACACCUGUCUGCACAACCGAGCUCGGCGCGUUCGCCAAGCUGAAGGGUGAAUUCGCGAAGCGCGGCGUCAAGAUGAUCGGACUGAGCGCCAACGACCUCGGCUCCCACGGCGACUGGAUCAAGGACAUCAACGAGGUGACCGGCAGCGACGUCCAGUUCCCCAUUAUCGCCGACGCCGACCGCAAGGUCGCCUGGCUGUACGACAUGAUCGACGAGUCCGAGCUCGCCAACCUCGCUGAGAAGGGCAUUGCCUUCACCAUCCGCUCCGUCUUCAUCAUCGACCCCGCCAAGAAGAUCCGUCUGGUCAUGAGCUACCCCGCGUCUACUGGCCGCAACACCGCUGAGGUCCUCCGUGUUAUUGACUCCCUCCAGACCGCCGACAAGAAGGGCAUUGCCACUCCGAUCGACUGGCAGGUUGGUGACGACGUGAUCGUCCCUCCUUCCGUCUCCACCGAGGACGCGAAGAAGAAGUUCGGUGAGGUCCGCGAGCUGAAGCCUUACCUCCGCUACACCAAGUACUAG